AGCAGGCCGGUUAGGAAUUUUCUAUCAUUCCUCUCACUUUCUAAUGAACCAUACACUGCUCAAUCAUCUGUUGAUCCCACUUCAUGUGCCCCUAUUGUCAUUACCGAGUCCGAACAUGUGGUUGAUCCUUCGACUAUUCCUUCUAUUCAAGUCCUGGUUGAUUCUGCCCCAGCUUCUCCUGUUCAAACUCACAUUCAAGCUACUACUUCUGAUCCCAUCAAAAAUCCAAUCGUCAUUUCAGAGCCUGAAAUCGUUCUCUCUAAUGAACUAACCUCCAAGAAGCACAGAAUUUCAGAAUCUGACAUUGUUAAUCCUGAGCCUGAUGUCCCCCUUUUUAGACCUAUUUUAAAGUCCAAAGGAAAAGAGAUAACAGUUGGGGAUUCUACUGCUAAAGACUUUAAUGUG